AUGGCGAUGAUGAUGACUGGCCGUGUGCUGCUGGUGUGUGCCCUUUGCGUGCUGUGGUGCGGUGCCGGCGGUGGCGGAUGCACUGAGGGUCAGCUACCUGAUGUCGGCCCACCUGUUAUUUCUGCAAGCGGUGGUGUUGUUCCCGACACUGCCACAAGUCAUACGGCGCCUGGUGGAGCAGGAGACGUUUCUGCACAGCAAUCACAGUUGAACCCCGUUAAAGAUUCCGCAUCCGGGUCCCCGCCAUUGCAAGAUGCUUUAAAGCAUGAACCACUGACAGAGCAGCCACAGUCUGACCACGAAAAUACGGAUCCACCACCACAUUCAAAAUCAUUGCAAGAAGAGCGGCGUGAUGGAACACCCGAGGAUUCGCCAGGGGAAUUGGGGGCUUUACCCAGUCAAGAGAACACGAUGCAUGCAUCAAUUGAAGGUCCAGAACUUAAUAAUCCUCCACCUUAUUCAAGUAACAACAAUACCGUCAGCAGUAAUAGUGAGGAACGCACAGAAGAUACUCCGAGGAGUACUGAAAUUAUUGAUGCCGCACCGUCAGAUGAGGGGCACGAACGUGAAAAUGCCGCUCCUUCCUUGGAACAACCUCAGGAAACUUCCACAGCCGCACCGGCCAUUACCACUCAAACAAGUUCCAUUACGCCGCCCGACGAAAGUGGGAGCAACACCGUCAAAAUGAGUGAGGCAUCACCCCAAUCAACAGGAACUACUCAAACAAAUCAUACGGCGACACCUGGCGACAGUGACGGCAGCACCGCGGCCUCUCACUCCACCUCCCCUCUUUUGCUUCUUCUUUUUGUUGCGUGUGCGGCUGCUGCUGCGGUGGUGUCCGCGUGA